AUGGCCGACGAGCUGGCCUUCAAGCUCGUCGUGGUGGGCAACGGUGCUGUAGGCAAAAGUUCUCUCAUACAGCGCUUCUGCAGAGGAGUCUUCUCCCAGAACUAUAAGCAAACCAUCGGUGUGGAUUUUCUAGAACGAGUGCUAGAAAUCGGCAACGGUCGGUGCGUGAGAUUGAUGGUUUGGGACACGGCGGGUCAAGAAGAAUUCGAUGCAUUGACUCGAGCGUAUUACCGAGGAGCUCAUGGAGCGAUUCUAGCGUUCAGUUCCACAGAUUUGCAGUCCUUCGAGGCGGUUGACUCUUGGCGGAGUAAGGUGGAAGCUGAAUGCGGCAGUCUACCCAUGGUGCUAGUUCAGAACAAGAUGGACCUGGCGGAUCAGGCGCUCGUUAGCCCAGAAAUGGCCGAGAACGCGGCUCGAAGACAUCGUCUUCGACUGUAUCGGACUUCUGCCAAGCAAGACUUCAACGUCGACGAGGCUUUCAGGUACCUGGCGGAAAAAUGCAUGGAAGCGCUGAGUCGAGAACUAAAUGAUUGUAAUCAUCUCCAAAAGCAAACGACGCCACCCACAAACAAUAAUAAUACCUUGAGCUUGAAGCUCGAGAGGAAGCCUCGUACGCUGCGGUCAAAAUGCGUGCGGUUUUUCCCCACGUAG